AUGCUGCUGCUGCUGCUGCUGGGGGCUGCCGCCCGCAGGUGUCUCCAUGACGAGACACAGAAGUCUGUGAGCCUUCUCAGGCCACCUUCCUCCCAACUCCCCUCGAACUUCCGCUCUUCCCCCCUCCCCUUCCCUGGCUCUCAUGAUCCUCAGCCCCUCCGAAUCCAACCCUGCCAUAUAAGAGACCCUGUGUCCGGCGGAGCUUGGGAUCCUGAGGGAGAUGGGAUGAGUGGGGAAUCCCGAGCCCUGGCCGCAGUGAGAGAGGCUGCUCAGCGACUCCAGGGUGUCCUGGCAGUGCAAGGACCCCUGCUUUUGAGCCGAGACCCUGCACAGUACUGCCAUGCUGUCUGGGGAGACCCAGAUACUCCAAACUACCACAGAUGCAGCCUCUUGAACCCAGGGUACAAAGGAGAAAGUUGCCUGGGUGCAAAGAUCCCUGAUGCCCAUCUCCGUGGUUAUGCUUUGUGGCCAGAGCAGGGUCCCCCGCAACUGGUCCAGCCAGAUGGGCCUGGGGUCCAAAACACUGAUUUUCUCCUGUAUGUGCGGGUUGCCCACACUUCCAAGUGCCACCGAGAGCCCUCUGUCAUUGCCUAUGCUGCCUGCUGCCAACUGGACUCAGAAGACAGGCCCCUUGCUGGUACCAUUGUCUACUGUGCCCAACAUCUCACCAGCCCCAGCCUCAACCACAGUGACAUCGUCAUGGCCACACUACACGAAUUGCUCCAUGCCCUGGGUUUCUCUGGACAACUCUUCAAGAAGUGGCGGGAUUGCCCCUCAGGACCCAGCGUUGGAGAGAACUGCUCUACAAGGCAACAGGUGACAAGGCGAGAUGAGUGGGGACAGCUGCUUCUCACCACCCCAACUGUUAGCCACAGCCUGGCCAAACACUUGGGAGUGCUAGGGGUUUCACUGGGUGCCCCCUUGGAAGAAGAGUAGGGCCCUUUGUCUUCACACUGGGAGGCCCGACUACUCCAAGGCUCUAUAAUGACCGCUAUCUUCGAUGGUGCCGAGCGCACUCGACUAGACCCAAUCACUCUUGCUGCUUUCAAAGAUUCAGGCUGGUACCAAGUCAACCACAGUGCUGCAGAGGAGCUGUUGUGGGGCCAUGGAUCUGGCCUGGAAUUUGGCCUGGUGACCACAUGUGGGACUGGCUCCUCAGACUUCUUCUGUACUGGCAGUGGACUGGGCUGCCACUACCUGCACUUGGACAAGGGAAGCUGCUCUUCAGACCCUGUGCUGGAAGGCUGCCGCAUGUACAAGCCCUUGGCCAACCGGAGUGAAUGCUGGAAAAAGGAAAAUGGAUUCCCACCUGGGGCAGAGAAUCCCCAUGGGGAGAUCUACCAUUCCCAGAGUCGUUGCUUCCUUUCCAACCUCACAUCACAACUGCUCCCUGGGGACAAGGUCAGACAUCCCUCUCAGAUCCCACACCCGAAGGAAGAGGAGCUCACUGGCCACUGCUACUUACAUCAAUGCACAGGGAGGGGAGCCUACAAGGUGCAGUUGGAGGGAUCCCCCUGGGUUUCCUGCCCUCCAGGAAAGGCUAUUCAGAUACCUGGGUACUAUGGUCUUCUCUUCUGUCCCCGGGGUCGGCUGUGUCAGACUAAUGAAGAUACAGAUGCUGUUACUUCCCCACCUAAGAGUCUUUCAACCCAAGACCUGUUAUUCAGGCUGUCUUUCGGAUUAGCUGGGCCCCCAGGCCAUUCCCUAGGGAAGGAAGAAGGAGAAGAGUUGACUGAAGCAAUCCUACAGGCUCUGGUGAGCAGAGGAGGCACUGGAAGGUGCUAUUUCCACAGCCCUUCACUCACCACUCAUCUGGUGUUCACUGUGCAUCUGUGGAAGUCCCCUGGUUGCCAAGGGCCUUCGGUUGGUAUGCUGCACAGGGCCCUGACCCUGACUCUCCAGAAGAAGCCUCUAGAAGUAUAUUAUGGAGGAGCCAACUUUACCACAGAAUAUAGCAAGUUCCUGGUUACCUCGGGUCAUAAUUCCUCCAUGACCCAUCUAGGUCUGUCAAUAGUGCUCUGCCUAAUGCUGCUUAUCCUGGUGGGUGCACUGGGAACCAUGGCCUAUCAGAAACGAGCUACUCUUCAGGUGGGACCAUCUGCCCCUUACCAUUCAUCAGAGCUCCAAAGCACAAGGGGCUCAUUUGGAGGAAUAAGGGAGGUGUGAUGUUACCCAGAGCAUGGUGGGGGCAGGACAGAUUAUUUCUUGGAAGACAACUGGAUGGGAGUCAAUCUACUAUCUACACUUAAUUCUACUUUUCUCAG